AUGUCCAACACAAACGAGCAAGUCAUGCAGGAGGCAGAGUUUGACUUCUGGGACUUUGUCCACUGCUCCAUAUGCCAACUACCGUUCACAUCAAGCGAUCGCGGACCACCCGUUCCAUUUUGGAUCACAGAAUGUGGUCAUGUUCUAUGCAACAAUCAUCUCAAGCCAGAUCAGAGCUGUGCGCGAUGUAACGCCCAAAACAUCCAGCUGGUUCCCCUACACCGAGAUCUGGAGCCUCCGAUGUCAGAUUGGUUUAGACCUCUCCCUUAUUCACUAGAUUCGAUAGCAAGUGCUGUAAAAUUUCAACAAGACACAUUCGCUGGUCUCAUUCGCUACUACCGGCAAGCUUGUUUCCAGCUAAGCCAGACGUGCGAACGUAUUCGAGCGGAGAGAAAGGCUCUUAGAAAGUCGGUAGACUCACAGUUCAUAACACCGCUUAUCCUCACUGGGAACAGAGAAGUAGACAGUUUACAGCGAGAGGUGGAGCACCUACGCCAGCGCACUUCUGGCUUGGACCCCGCUCAUGCUCAGGAACCCUCAUCUUUCUCCAACGCGAAUGGCAAGCGUCCGAUGGGUGAUGUCCAUGAUUUUAAGGCAAGCUCCAGCCCUAGAUCUAUCGUCACCCCAAUCGGACCAAAUCGAAUUACACUACCGCCCGGGGAGCAACCAAAUUUCACCCGUCAAGAUCAGGGACGAAUUUCCAGCCAGAGCCGUCAACCGGAACGACCUGGCACAAGUCGGUUUGUAGAACAAUAUGCGUACAAUGGUGAACAGGGACCACGCGUGCAAGCCCCUCAGCUCUCUCACGAACAAUCAGCACCUACCCGGCACCUGCGAUUGGCGUCCGGGGAUCAAGGUCAUCAUUCCAUGCCACCUCCACCCCCUCCAGUACCCGGGCCUCGAGGUCGCUUCAGACCUGCAAUGAGCCAGACGGAUACAAGAACCACAAUGGCGUCGAACCCCCAGACAGCUGGACCUCAAACAACACAACAUCGACCUCAGCAACGCUCAUUCGCGGUUCCGCAAACUCCUCAUCGCGCUAGCGGCACACACUUCACUGGCCAGACAUCCGAUCAAAUGCGCUCACUCCAAUCCAACCGUUUCAUCCAACCAUCUUCACACGGACAUUCGAACUCUGGUGCAGGUGCAGUGACUGUGACAUCCUCGAACGUCCCGGGAACCUCGUCUGGAAGACAUAGGAUGCCAUUCAUUUCAGGGAGUACCAGUGGAUUUGGAUGAGCUUGACUUUAUCAUACAAUCCUCUUGAUCGAAUAUGCAAUGAACGCAGUAUCCACUUGCAAU